GCUGAAACUGAGGAAUUUUUUAUUGAUAAUCUAUGGAAUUCUUGGCAAUUGGAAGUAAAGACUAAAGAGACAACAUUACGAAACAUAAAGAAACAACAUAUUGUGACAAAUGACAUUAUGCUGCCGAAGUAUUUCAAAUAAACAUGAGCGCAGUUAUCACUUCAGUGUAUCGGAAUUCUCCUGGUAUUGGGUUGAUUUUGUUGGCAAUGUUGCAUGUUGUACUCGCAUACACACACUGGGUGAUCACUGAUCAAGGACGCAUUAGAUCAAAGGUGAGUUUAAUAGGUCAUCACAAUGCUCGUUUGUUUAUGGUGUGUAUAACUGUGUAUUUGUAUUUGCUUGACAUAUUUAACUAAAUUGACAACCUUUUAAACAUAGACUGAAAUGAGACUAUAGUCUGAAUAUUGGGGAAUUUCGUGUUGAGAUGUUAUAUAGCAAGGAAUUUAAGGAUGAAUCAAGCCAGAAACGUGAAACUUUUAAUUGCACCGCUAGAUGUCACAAUUAUUCGAGAGCCUAGCCUAGCGACGUUUUUGACAGCACCGACACCAACCGGAAGUGAAUCGAGCCGCUAUGGAUGGUUUUAAUAGGGAUGGCCACAGAUAGUCUUCUUUGAAAUCACAAACUUGAAACUUCAUUUGAAACUUCAAACUGUCAUCAUCACUUGCCAUCUGUUGUGGCUUCAGUUGAUUCACUUCUGCUUGGUGUCUGUGUUGUCCAAAAUAUCACUUACCCGAGCUCGGUGUUACUGUUUACCUUGCAAUUUUUGCUGUGAUAUUUAGGUUGCGAUUUUGGGUCUAUAGUGUACGGGGUAAAUAUCAGAUUUUGGGUGUUUCACUUGAUAUAACUAAUUGUUGUAGUAAUUUGUAGAUGGAAAUUUUGAAUGGAAAUUUUAUAUACAUUGAUUAGACCUAACCAAGGGCAGUUCUGAACUAUCUGUUUUCUGGCAGGAAUGGAACCUGCGGCCCUGCAAUUCUGGUGCACAGCUCUAACCAACUGAGAUAGUUGUCGAGCUCUAACCACAAAUUCAUGUAUAAAUACUAAGGUGAUGCCAUGUAUGGAUAAAUAUGGGGAUUUGGGGCAUUUCUGGUUAGGUCUAAUACAUGUGUAAAGAAUUCCACUAGAAAUUUUCAUUUAUAAAAUCCCUUCAACUAUAGUGUAGUGUGUGUGCUGUUAUCGGUGCAGAUUGAUAUGGUGAGAAGGGCAGGGUGCAGUUCAAGUGGAUGUCAUGGGGAGGGGGGAUCACAAAAAUACAAUGGAUGCAUCUGUGUAAAAUAAUGUGUGAUGUUUUCUAUAAAAAUAUGCAUCUACAUUACUACAUCCUUUGCAGUCGAGCUUGCAGCUUUCAUUUUAACCUUUAAAAUUGUCUAAAAAUAUACAGAGUCAACAAUAAAGUAGGGCGCAAUUGAAUUACAUUGAUUAAAAAUAUGAAUUCAUUAGGUGUGCACUAAAACUUGAUUCCGGCUGGUUGGUUCUGGCUGGAACUGAUAAAAAAGUGUGGCUGGAACUGGAUUAGAAUAAUGUAUAUAAUUAUAUAAUUUUCAUUUGCUGUCAUUGAAAAUUGACCAAAUAUUUGAACAAAUCACAUACCAUAGUUUACAUAUAGUACAUACAUUCAUACAUAACUUUAUUUAUAACUCUUGAAUUUACAGUGUACCGGUAGCUAAUUUUAGCUAAUAUGCAAUUGAGUUGGCAUCAAUGGCUGAUUUAAGUUAUAUACAAAGACAUACUAGCAUGGACAUCUAUUCCCACUUCUUAAAGUACAUACUGUAUGUCAUUCACAAAUUUAAGUGUAUACAGUACAUGCUACACCUGCCUGUCUGACAUGAGACGGUAUCCGGUCGUUUCGCCCCCAAGUUGUUAGAUGUCAAAGUUGUUUGGCCUCCAAAAACUUAUUGGAUACAGGGUUCGAAAUAAUUCUGAAAAAAUGGUUCGUGAAUUAAUUUUUUUAUUUUAAGGAAAUUUUAAGGAAUUUUCAAGGAAUUUUCUCUAAUUAGAAGUUAAAAAGUGGAAGCACUGCAAUUUUCAAAUAUAUAAUAUACAUCGCAAACUCGCAAAGAAAUAGAAUUUUGGGUGGAAUUAUAAUCGUUUUUAAGUACAAUCUAACAACAAUAUCUUCAGAAUAUAUUAUCCUUCAUCACAUUUACAAAGAACUGAAUUUAUUAUUGUAUAUUUUUAUCAAUUUAAGAGACUUUUGAUUCGUGAUUUUGAUCAAUGUCUAUGAAAUUGGGUUCGUGAAAAAUGAAAAUUGAUUCGUGAUUCACGAAUCACGAACCGUUAAUUCGAACCCUGGGAUAUUCGAUAAACUUUUUUAGCAAUAGCAAAAUAUUUGAAUUCAAACGCAAAGACGAGGGAAUAUAUUAUAUAUAUUACGUUCAAAUAGAAUAUAUAUUACGUUCAAAUAUAUGCAUUGCAAACUUUUCAUGCAUUUGUUUUUGUUUGAAACUUGAGGUUUUGUAAUUAAUUCUGACACCAGUUGUCUUUGCCAAAAAAAACGGCAAACGCGCAAAAAUUAAAAACCUAUAUUCACUAGUGUGUGCAUGCUUCAAACUUGUCAAAGCCAAAGCUGACAUUUCAAACGAAAACAAAAGCGUGAAAAGGUUUGACAAAGUCGGUAACGACUUGGGGCGCAUCGACCAUGAGACAAAGUAACAUGUAGCCAUAGAUAGUUUACCUGUCACAUUUCAGUUCAAAAAUAGAAUCAUACAGUACUUAGCUUUCAGUCAUGGAAAAUGUGUUUGGCCAGGUUUUUGUGUGGUAAAUUAUGUUUAACCCUUUCCACCUCUGUUUAGCCAACUCAGUUGCAGUAUGCUCUUAUGUGCCCUACUGUAUUAUUUCAUUUACUUGUCGAGGAGAAAGUCCUGGCGCUUGUGGUUAAUCAGCCCAGUUAACCCAUUGAGUUGCAUUGCACCCUAAUACACCCUGGGUGCACAACCAGCUGUACAGCCAUACAUUUACUAGUAUUUGGAGCACAUGUCCGGCACACAAAAAAGUCUCAUUCCAUACAGGCUAGUGGUGCUACUUUCAUUGUCUCCAGAUGACUGUACUCAUUAAAGGGCAAGCAUUAGCACUUAUUAAUAAUUCAUGUGCACCCCCACCCCGACAUUUAAAUGCUCAUUAGAUUAAACGACAGUAGUAUGAUUGAAAUAAGGAUUUCGAACUAAACAAGACUAAAAAUAAGGUUUUUGAACUUAAUUUGAACCAAAAAUCUCAAAAUCCUUCCUCCAACUUACUUCGCAGUAGUGACUGUGCCCCAGACCUCUGCUGCAGCUUGCUCGGCUGCACUGUGGCCCCUCGCUCAUACAUACACAAGUCCCUUCCUCUUAACUACUACUGCUGAACAUUGAGUUCUAAGCCACAAGUUCAUGUGUAAAUACUAAGGAGUUCUAACCACAAGUUCAUGUGUAAAUACUAAGGUGUUCUAACCACAAGUUCAUGUGUAAAUACUAAGGUGUUCUAACCACAAGUUCAUGUGUAAAUACUAAGGUGUUCUAACCACAAGUUCAUGUGUAAAUACUAAGGUGUUCUAACCACAAGUUCAUGUGUACAUACUAAGGUGUUCUAACCACAAGUUCGUGUGUAAAUACUAAGGUGUUCUAACCACAAGUUCAUGUGUAAAUACUAAGGUGUUCUAACCACAAGUUCAUGUGUAAGUAUACUAAGGUGUUCUAACCACAAGUUCAUGUGUAAAUACUAAGGUGUUCUAACCACAAGUUCAUGUGUAAAUACUAAGGUGUUCUAACCACAAGUUCAUGUGUAAAUACUAAGGUGUUCUAACCACAAGUUCAUGUGUAAAUACUAAGGUGUUCUAACCACAAGUUCAUGUGUAAAUACUAAGGUGUUUUAACCACAAGUUCAUGUGUAAAUACUAAGGUGUUCUAACCACAAGUUCAUGUGUAAAUACUAAGGUGUUCUAACCACAAGUUCAUGUGUACAGUACAUACUAAGGUGUUCUAACCACAAGUUCAUGUGUAAAUACUAAGGUGUUCUAACCACAAGUUCAUGUGUAAAUACUAAGGUGUUCUAACCACAAGUUCAUGUGUACAUACUAAGGUGUUCUAACCACAAGUUCAUGUGUAAAUACUAAGGUGUUCUAACCACAAGUUCAUGUGUACAUACUAAGGUGUUCUAACCACAAGUUCAUGUGUAAAUACUAAGGUAUUCUAACCACAAGUUCAUGUGUAAAUACUAAGGUGUUCUAACCACAAGUUCAUGAUUGUGUAAAUACUAAGGUAUUCUAACCACAAGUUCGUGUGUAAAUAUUAAGGUGUUCUAACCACAAGUUCAUCUGUAAAUACUAAGGUAUUCUAACCACAAGUUCGUUUGUAAAUACUGAAGUGACUCUAAAUAUGGGCACUGUAAAUAUCAAGAUUUUGGGCACCUCAAUCGAUGUAACGUGAAGGGAUUUCUAGGGAUAUAAGUGUAUAAUUAUAUAUAAGUCCAUUCGAGAUUUCCAUCUACAAAUCACUUCAAAUCAAGUAUGAUGUCAAAGGAUUGUUGUUGACUAAAACAAUACUUUUGUUGUUAGAUUUAUUCAGAAUUCCACCUGAGAAGACCAGAGAACCUCAUUAUAUUUAUAAGAACUGAAGAUGAUUUAAAACGUCUGAAACGUGUCAAAGAGGAAUUAUCCAAAGAAAAGAAAGUGUUAGAAGUGGAGCGAGAUGAAGAAAAAGUGGAUCUAGUCAUGAAAUACCAUAGUGAAGAUGAGGAUUGUUUACUGGCUGGAAAACCUUUAAAAAAUUUUGAUCUUAAAAUUAGUACAGUCAUUCCAUUUGAUACUCUGGGAAUAAGGUUGGUGGAUUUUUUUGUAGAAUGCAUUGUAUGCAUUUGAUAAAUGUUUUGCUUUAUGCACAAACACAUGGACAUUAUUUAUUUGGUAAAGUCAAAUUAGGAAUUGUGAGUCGUUCUUUUUGGAAUAAAGUGCAUGGAAUCUUUUAUAAUUGCAGUACAUGCAGUACAGUAUAUUCUGGUCUUUUUCCAUAUGGUCUUACGUACCGUUUUAAACCGAAAUCGCUGGAUAUAAGUCAUAUAUUGACCCGAGUUUGAUACAUGUACGGUGAUGUACGUCCAGUUACUAGUAUAAGUAAACAUGUGUAUGUAGUGACACACAUCCACAUUAUCCAACUCAAUCACGGUGUGGAGUUUGUGCUGGUGUGAGCACUGUACAAGAUUCAACUACGUAUAAUGCAGUACCCGAGAAAUAAAAAUAAUUUAUAAAUAUGGCAACAUUUGCAUAGCGGGACUGAAUCGUCGGGCUGGCUACGCCACUGAUUCUUCUUAUUUCUUCGAAACAAAGUACUUGAACUCUCAUUGUAUGAAAUGAUUUUCCACAUAGAUGUUUUAAAAAAUUGAAAUCUUGCUUAUCUUUUUCUGACAAACAGCCAUAUAUUUGAGAUCAGUGAGGCGGUUGAGGUCCACCCAUGACCAGGGUCUUAGCUAGGAUUUUAGAUCUUGGGCGUGUUUCUAAAUGGCCAAGGUGUGCACAUGCAUUUCAAUUACCUUGAAUAGCCAAAUUCACGGUUCUAGUUAUGGCUAGCCAACAACAGACAAUGCCUGUGCAUGGUUGUUCUAUGCUUUGGAACCAAAUACAAGACGAGCAUACGCUCAUAUUGUGCACUGACAUUAAAAUAUUAAGUUAUUUCAGCAACUCUUGGGGGUAUUUUAAAACCAUUGGGCAUUGUACAGUAACACCAUAUCCAUCAAAACAUUAAAACAUCGCGGAUCAGUUUUGCCAAUUUCAACAACUACAGUAGAUUUUACAAACUUUCUUACGACAUAAAUAUAGGAAGAAAUUAUGUCUGUUGUAAGCAGUAACACCUCAUUUUUUGAACCUACACGGCCGUAUAUAAAUAAUGAAGCCGCGUUCAUUUUAUCUAGCCGUGUCUCCAUUUUUGGCCAUGAUAACACGGCCAACACGGCCCUCUAGCUAAGACUCUGCCCAUGACACCACUUUAGACUUAACGAUUGUCUUUCCACGGCUGUAAAUAACUGAGCGGAAUUAAUUCCCUCGCAUCGGCUUACUCCCGGAACUGUACUUCGUGCCGAUGUCUUGGCGAUUAAUAUUGUAGCCCUUGUUGGCACAUUAUGAUAUGUUGCAUUCUUUAAAUUUCCCGGUUCACGUAUAUAGACAUUAGGGUCUUUUCUGGACCCGAUAUGUAGCUGAUGUUUUAAGAACGUGUUGGAGAAUGAUGGUUUUGAGGGCAAUUACAGCACUACUUAAUAGCAAAACUGAGAAGAAGAUUUGUUACUCUCCUAUUUCGCUUUUGCCAGCCUUGAACGAGGGCUUAUUAUAUUUCUGGAUUUAGGUAAUGACUCACUACAGAAAACAGUGAUCAAAUACUAAACUUGAUUAUAUUUGUUCGAUGAUUUUUAGAUACACUGAUUAUAUCGACUUUAAAAGUGAACUUCCUCACCAGUCUGUGCCGCCAUUUUGUGCCGCUGUUCUGCCAUUCAGCAUGAUUACCAUGGAGCACCUUGAGGGACUGGUGAAGAGAGACCAGAUAAAUAAUUAUUCUGAGAAAGAUUUGAAUAAACACAUUUUUGCGGAAUAUCAGUUAGAAAAUAUUGGACACAGAAUUAAAUAUUCUCUAGAAAAGGUAAGUGGCCGUGAAUAGUCUGACAGCUUGAACAAGACCAUAAAUCUACCAUAAAGACAGCUUAAAAAGCGACCUUUUCAACGACACAGAAGGUCCGUUAUAGAAGGCGUGUGAUGGUAUCCUCGUUCCCAGGGUUUCUCGGCUGCCUGCGUUGCCAUAAGCCCUGGGACAAGCCAAACCGGAACACCACAAAUUCUGGUGUUUUCCGGAAGUAAACGUGCUUUGCUGCAAGCUAAAAAUGCUGACCAUGCAUUAAUUUUUACUGACGAGUGGAGACGUGUUGGUGAGCAGAAAAUAUUGGAUUUUUCUUUUGUUUUGAUUUGAUGUGUUUUCCGCCAUCAAGGGAAUACGUGUAGACUACCUAAUGGAAUUAUACAUGUUGGGGUUUUAUAUUUCGUUAUACAUCGUUAAUAUUCGUCAAAAUACAAAUAUCAUAUUUUGGUCUCAUAUUUACAUGUAUGAUCUAAACAUGAUCGAGUCGAAAUGUGCUCGAAGUGAUUGCUGUGAUUCGAAACAUCAGUCAUCAUGAUUGGGUUCUUGUACAUAUGACCUGUUUCAACACGCGCUUGUAAAGUCACUUCAAAGACUGGACAAAGCCGGACUGGAAAUUAAAGAGAAGCAUACGAAGCUUUUAUCGUUUGUUGUAAGGAACAAGAGCGACACGUCUAAACAGACUAAACGGCGGUGUGUGUCUGUUUACUGUCUUUUACUGAGUUGCAACAGCAAUAAUAACAAUGAAUCACCUAACAUUUCAAGAUAAUAUAAAUUAUAGCAUAGAUGUUAUGCAUGUCUCAACGAUUUAUGGAUUUGAAUUGCUAUAGAUUUAAAUCCAUAUUAUGUAUACAAAAUCAUGCGUGCGUAAAUUUGAGCAAAAAAGCACAAGGUGUUUGGCUAUAUGACCACCCACCAUGUCUAUAUAUGAAAUAUGAAUAUUGAACACCGUUUUAUAUAGUACGUUUAAAACUUUAUUCCCAUGCCGGAUAAUACUGAAUUCUUUACCGAUUACAUGUGGGAAAUGAUGAAAAAUAAUAAUUAUGUGAAAUAAUUAGCCUAUGUAUAAUAUGUCUUUGACCAUGAAUGUGACUAUGCUGCUUACAUCUGACAGUCAAAACUAUGUGCAUGACUGCAUGUUUGAGGGAAAUUUUUGUUUCCAGACUACAAUAUAACAACAAUAUUUCCUGCAUUCCAAUAUAUUUUCUACAUGAAAACACACCUUCUGUUUCAGAUAUAUGCCUUCUGUAUCAAUAUAUUACUAUACAUAUCCGUGUCAUUAAAAAUAUGAAAAUAAUUUUCGAGUUCAAUAUAGCUAGGCUUUAAACCAGAAUUAUUUCAUGAUUGACUCGGUUUUCUUUGAUGUACCGCGGGCUGUAUAUAGCAUAAUGCCCUUGAAUACCAUACAGCCCUAAUUAGUCAAGAAAUAAGCGAGAAAACUAGAAAAAUACUUGUCGAAAUCGAAAAAAAAAGAAUAAAACUUUGUUAGAAAACCUCUUCAAUCAUGAAAUAAGUCAGUUAAUUACCUCGAAUGUCGGGCUUUAUGCUAUAUAAAGCCCUCGAACGCUUCGCGUUCUCGGAACUGUACAGUAUAUAGCAUAAAGCCCUCCUUCUCGGUAAUUAACUCUUACUUUCAGAAUACAGUUUCCAAAGCGACUUUUAUGUCAUUUUUGUAAUGGGUUGUUUAAAAUCCAUUUUUACAAAGACGUGGUAGGGUGUCUCCUGGGUAGAAGCUUGCAUAUACAUAUACAAAUUUUCAGUUUUCUCAAUAAUAGUAGUUUAUUUAUAAUUUCAAUUCUUACAAGAUUUGCAAUAAGUCAACAGAAUAAGUAUUUUAUUGUUGACAGGAAACUGCGUAAAUCCAUGAUCUUCACAGAUACAGUCUCAUCCAAUAUGACACAGGAAUAUGAGACCCCCACCUCAGGCAUACCAGGGGCAUUCACUUAUUUGGUGUGUGAAAUUCAGUGAAGUCCCCUGCAGCCGGGACAAAAUGGCAAGGUAAAUUUCUCCGGUGCUGUCAUCUCCAUGUAUUCAACUGGAAUUUUUUCUUGAAAUUUCCCAAACCAUUCCUUUACUGUUCUGUAAAAGCCUUUCCUAGCCGACUGCUUUAUUUCAGCAUUAUUUUAUAUACAGCAGAUAAAACAAUAAGUGACCCCCCCCCCCAUGACCUCGCUCAUUCCCGACUUGGACACUGAAAGUAAGUGUCUUCCCUUUUUGCCAGGAAAUGAAAAAACAGUGAAUAAGAGGCGAUUGUCAUUGCAUUCAUUCCCCUGUGGUACUGUAUGCCAAAGGUGCAGGGAUUCAAAUGACUGGUGCAUUUGAAUAUGCUUAUUCACUGUAUUUCAUUAAAAGCUAUUAAAAUUACUCACUGAUAAUACAACUGAGAAAAUUCAUAAAUAGUAAAAUACACCUUGUACGUAUAGUAUAUAGGUUUAUAGUACAGUACACCUUCAUAAUGUGCUAUAUUUUAUAAUUCCAAUUGGCCAUUUAUAGGCCAAGUGACCAAUUGGCCAUUUAUAGGCCAAGUGACAAAUACCAGAAGCAUAAUAAAACGCAAUGCAUUACAGCAUUAAAACGUUACUAUCGUAAGUAAAUAUUUUAUAUUUACAUUGUGCUUCAAAUUUUACAAUUAUACUUGAGCACAAUGUUUCAAUAAAAGACAACUUUAUAAGAAAAUGUUAAAAAAAUGAAGAAAUUUUUAAUUAAUAGCUUCAUAGUUCUUCGAUAUUGUUGCUUACUUCUACUUUAUAAUUGUCCAUUUUGUUAUUUUGUUUCCUUCUGUUUGCAAAUUAUUUCCAUUAAUCCAUAGAAAACAAGCAUUGUACGUUUGUAUCUCUUCGUAGUUCGAAUGCGCACUCCAUGAAGGCAGCCAUAUUGCCGAAUGUAAACAUCCACGGAAGAGAUUAUUUCGCUGUCCUCAGAGUGACAAAACGUAACAAAGCAACGGUUUUACUAACACUAACCCUACUCCAAACACCAACUCUAACCAUAACCCUAAUCCUUGCCCUAAUCUUAACCUAACCCUACUCCAAAUUUGUUUCUAAACCAAUCUUGAAGAAAAAAGUUUCAACGAAAUGUCAUUCUGAGGUUAGCGAAAUAGUCGAUGCCAAAAUCCUCUUGAUGAAUAAACUUUUCAUAUUUAGCUAUAUUUCUAACGACCAAUCAAAUCACUUCUGCCUCGGCUUGUCCCAGGGCUUACGGCAACGCAGGCAGCCGAGAAGCCCUGGGAACGAGGAUGGCGUGAUGGCGACAAUCAUGCAUUCUUUGAAAUUUCUAUAUAAACGUGCAUGGAACAGCAUUGAGAAUUGCCGACACUAUCACUCGUCAUCUAUAAUGCCUGGUUCACACUGGUCGUAAGAAUCGGGGAUUUCCAUUGUCUUUGGUCAUUGGUGUGUAAAAUGGUUUGUCCGUCGGUAAAGGAUACAAUAGAUCGCCGAUGAAUUACGACCAGUGUGAACCAGGCUUAACGCCUCUAUUGACUUCCGAUUAUCGAUCAGAUGGAAAUGGUAGUAGACCUUGUUUAUUGCACUUAGCCCUUUCUGGCGUCGUUUUCAUGCGGAUUAUAUCCUCGCGUGUUCCCCCACACUAUAGUGUUAGCGAUAGGCCCGUGAUUGUUGUAAAGAUAGAUAGAGCGAAAUUUAUUCGCGUUUAUUACCUGCAUGUACGCCUGCCAUGUUAGAACAGGAGAACAUAGAAACGAGGCCAUUGGGAUAACAUUUAAUAAACGAUAAUAUAUAUGUUAUUUAUAUUUUGAACACUGAAAUACAAAUUAACCAGAAUUUUAUUUAAAAUGUUGAGUUGUUGGGAAAGCAUUAAGAAAAGCUAAUCCGGUCACGUGACUGCCAACUCUCAUGCGCUCUCAUCCUCGUUUGAUCUAGGCUUAAAACUAAAAUAUUAUUUUCAAUUUAUUAGAAUGAAACUUCUUGGAUAUUACUGAAUCUGGCAGCUUUAUACUGGAGGAUUCAGGGCAAUUCUUUUGAAGCUAUUGAGUGUCUGAGAAGGGCGUUGUACUAUUCCUACAGGUAUAUGUAAGCACGAACUUAGAAUAAUAUAGACGCAUGCAGUGGAGUUGCCUAAUGCAAUCUCGAACAGUCGGUGUCAGUGUAAAUAGAGACGAUACAGAAAGAUGUGAAGAAUAUACUGUACAACAACAUGAAAAAUAUUCACAGGGCUUCGACGUCCAUUGUUAACGUUGUUUACUAGAAAGUCGAAAGUAUUUCCGAUUUUUUGUUAAAAGUAAAAAUUGUUUUUUUUCCUUCAAAAUGCUAGCUACAUAAUAGAGUUUUUCCUCUAAACACAAAUUUAAUUUUUUUGUCCUCACCUUUCCUUCCGUUUCCUACCGGCAUAAAUUUAGUGAAAUACAAGCCGGGAUCAACGUUUCUUGUGUUUCCUGAGUAUAGAAACUCGUGUUGAGAUAUUAACGUCAUCAAUAUAUAAUAAUAUACAUUUAAAAAGAUGGAUUAUAGAUCUAGAUAUUCUUGCCAGUAGCAGUCUGUAUUUUUAUACCACUCUAUAUUAAAAUUUAUACCACAAUCGGAUUCAACUAAAAUGCAGGAUGGAUAGUGCAGUAUUAUACACUAAAUACUUCGACAGACUUUGUUUUGCUUCCAGCGAGUGCGGCAAGGUGAAGCCAUAUUUCGACGCGAUAUGUAAAUUAGUAAGAAAGCAGAAUAUAUUAUAUCCGUAAUACAUGGCCAUGUUAUUUUAUAAGUAAUAUUUAUAAUACAUGGAUUAAGUUUUUUCCGUACGUUGAAUGCAGCCCAGAACAGAUUUGACUUCAAAUUUCCGUUUGGAUGUAACUUUCAAGUUCUAUUCAGUUCGAUGUUUUUAACUGUAAAUUUAUCCUUAUACUGUACACAAAACUGCAGCGAUAAAAAGUCGCAUUUUGCGGUGCGUGAACUCUCGGACUUUAGACAGUAAAAAUGUAGCAUGCAGUAAAAAUGGCGUAUAAACCGAGCAUGAGAAAGGCUGAUUCAUCUUUAUCUAAUAAUGCGCUGGAUUUUUCUGUUGCAUGUGGUGGAACAACCUGAUACUCAGGGUUUUCACUUCCGCCACACCGGUUUCGGUGGGUAGCUAACCUGCGAUCAGGCCUAUAAAUAAAUAAAAUAUUAAUAUAAUAUAUUGUAAAAUAGAGCCUGAUACUCAGGUUAGGGGGUGGCGGAAGUGAAAACCCUGAGUAUCAGGUUGGUAUUGGAAUACUACAUCAGAACGUGCCAAUGUAUUUACUGUAAGUGCUACCAUAUUUGCUAGAGAAACUUUAAUUUUAAUUUAUUUUUCAGUAAUGCGAGAGGCAUGACUUUGGUCAGUUUAGCAAAUAUCUUACAUCAUACUGGCUUUUCAAAAGACGCGAGUGUUGUUGUCGAUGCUUCGCUUCAUUUUUUGAACGAUAAAAGAAUAAGUUGGUUUACUCUCGGAAAUAUCUUUGCUGUAAGUAUAAUUAUGGUGUUAAUUUAAACUGCUUAUCACCCAAAUAAUUAUACAAUAUAUAUAAAACCCUGCUCUCUCUAACAGCCAAGAGAAAUAAGAAAAAGUUCGAGUUAGCGGGGCUUCGACUGUCAAAUUGCGAUAAAUAAUUUAACUGUCUUUUAUUACUGUAUAUGGCAAGGCGUUCGAUCUGCAAAAAGUGCAGCAUUUUGAUUUGUUCUUGAGCGGUCGAUAACCUGCAGAGGGACCGCUAAGAUGGAUCGGUCGGGAAGAAAAAAUUAAAUUACUUUUUUCCCAAAACAGCUAUAAAUAUGCAACCUUGGUAAGUUGUGCAAAAUUAGGUCUCGUGGCAAGAGACCGAGUGUCAGUAAAGCAUCUCAGUCAUCUUCCGAACUCUCUCUCGGUGAAGACGUUUCGUGUGAUAGUAGGGGCGACGACAGUAAGUAGACAAGUAUUGAUUUGUGCAAGUGCUACGACACUUCGGUUGAAUCUCUUGCUACUUCACAAGAGCAUGAAGAAUACCAGUGUGUUAUGAUCGCACGAGAGCAGGACGAGCAAAAACUGUCUGAUCGAUUCUAUGGAGAAAACUCCAUAGCCGAUACGUUUUUAGUGUAGUUUCACUUUACACUGUUGUGAUGACUGGCGAAAAUUCACACGAGUCAGUCAUAGAGUAAACAGUCAGUCAGUCAUAGAGUAAACUUUCCGGGGGGUGCAUAUACGCUUUAUGUUUGUAGUGAUUUAUUGUACUUAGUCAGUGUUUUGAAGGUUACAGUAUUUAGGCAAUUUCAAUGGUCUUAUUUUAAUAUUCUUUUGUCCUUUUGCCAAGUUCACAAAAAUUUCGAAGAAUCGUUGUCGUUAUUGUAAAUUUUUGUAAAUUUUAGAACAUUCGCUUCUCAUGUUGUGUAAAGGAUCUUUCCCCCGGAACACCCGAUUUUUUUCCUUAGCAGCGCAAAUGCGCAUGCGCUAUCAAGCCGUAGAUCAACGAUGGCGUGACGAAUGACGAUGCUACGAAGGAGCGACACAGUGUUGUAGUUUCAAAUAUAUAAAUAUUGAGAAUCUACGCACUAUAUAAAUUGAUGUUAUCCAUUAUGGGCAUUCAAUCAAGAUAUUAUACAGAGCUGGGAAGGAGCUAGACAGUGCUUUUUUUCAAAUGUAUAAACAUUUCAGACGUAAAUAUUGAGAAAAUCCUUGAGAUUCUCGGCAUUCAAUUGAGUGCCGAUAUUAUUUUGACGGUAUAUUCAGUACAGACCAGGAAGGAGCGAUACAGUAUUGUUUUCAAAUACAUAUAAAACAUUUCAGACAUGAAUAUUGAGAAAACUUUGAGAUUCUACGCAAUAUAUAAAUUAAUGUUUUGUAUUUUACCGGCAUUCAAUUAAUAUUUUAAGUGCCAAUAUAUAUUGUUUAGACCGUAUAUUCAUUAUACAUCGACUGUAUAAGGUGCUACACUGCUACACCACACAGUAGAUGGCUACACUCAGUACAAAGAGCGAAAAAUUGUAUCGAAGAAAAUAACCAACAAAAUAACUUGAAAGACUAAAGAAAAUCUUUUGCUUCGUCAGAGCUCUUGAUUCAAACGAGAAAGCCGAGGAGGUAUAGCCAACGUCUUAUCGCCAACGUUGGUAUCCAACGGCAACGUGUACAGUCACGGGUCUUGUUCACAUGUCUGGCACAACGGUGCAAACUCGUGUUCAAUGCAAUAUUCAAUGCAACGAGAACUCAACCAGAUCUUACGAGAAUCUAUCUGUAUCAAAGCUUUAUCAAAACUGCUAUAAACACUGCUAGAACUGUGAUAUUGACAUCUAAAGUGACAUUAUUGAAUGCUUGCGAAAAGCUGAAAAUGACUCAUGAAAAACAACUUGAUCUUGGGAAUAUAAAGUCAAAGGUCAAUGACUUGUUUACUGUAUAUUGUGAAACAUGUCACAAUUAGGUUAAAAUGCAGAUGCGGAACGGAGCGGUCUGCGGAUGCGGAACGGAUAUGGGGAUAAAAUGCGUCAUUUUAAUGAGUUUUUUCGCCUCAUUUUUACGUUUCUGUGUUUUUGAUUUAUGAUUGUAUCAGUUCCACGAGGCACGACGAAGGGAGUGACAAAGAAUUGUUUAUCUCGUAAACGCGUUGUUCUAAUCCACAUUUUUGAGUAACGUGCCUGUCCUAGCCUAUGCCUGCUCGACUCUAUACAGUUCUCGCGGUGUCUUUUUCAAUUUGAAACUUUACACUAUCCUUGGAUCCCUAGUUUGUAUAUUUUUGUGCUUUGCUUAUAUUUAUGUUUUCACGUGCGAUAAAACACGUACAGUGUUAGUAAGGUUUUAUAAGGUAGGGAAAGUGCCAAAUAUUUUCGUCACCCCUGCUAACGAAACGACUGUUUACAUAACCCCGCUUUGCCGGGACGAGAGGAGAGGCGGGAUAUUGAGCUAUUCAAAUCCUGGGUUGCCGAGUUUUCCGGGCAAACUCUUUACAUGGUAAAAUAUUCGUCUCGCCUCUUUCUGCGGAAACUCGCCAACGCGAGUUACCCGCUUGUAUCAUGUAAGCAGGGAUGAAGAAAAUAUUUAGCACUUUUUCGAUUACUUACUAAAACUGUAUAUUAACAUGUUUUUAAUAUCGCACGUGAAAACAUAAAUAAGAACAACACAUAAGUACUGUUUACCAGAGUUUGCUCCAUAGAAUCGAUGAGACAGGUUUUUUUUCUCCUGCUCUCGUGCUCUCAUAACCCACUGGUAUUCUUCAUGCGCUUCUGGAGUAGCAAGAAAUUCAACCCAAGUGUCAUAGACCAGUUGCACAAAUCAAUACUUGCCCACUUAAGCCCCGUUUACACUACGCUCAAUUUUGGGUACGGCACGGAUAAAAUUGGUACCCGUACCACUUUUUUGGUUCUUGGACUACCUAUUUAGAUUGUCUGAGAACCAAAAAAGUGGUACGGUACCAAAAAUCGAGCGUAGUAUAAACAGGGCUUUAUUUUCGUCGCCCCUGCGAUCACACGUCUUCGCUGAGACAGCUAGGAAGAUGACUUCCCAUUCCAAACUGGAGCUUGGUCUCUCCUCAGAAAAGGUAAUUUUGCACAAAGUACAGCCAAGUACAUAUAGCCAUUAGUAAUAUUAUUUUUUCCUUGAAAACAUCGUGUUGAGUAAAUGAUGUCAUAUCCGGGUAAAAAUCUCUACCUUGCUAAUUAAUAACUCAGGGUACCGGUAUGACACGAUAUGCCAUCGCAGCGGCACUUAUAGUUUGACUAAGCUCGUUCGGUCCGUGUGAUAUUAGUCUCGUUCUUUGUUCGUCCGUAUAUACACGUACCUCGCUCUAGGGGUGGAAAAAAAAGGCAAGCACGCGAGUACUGCUAGCAGGAAAUGUUAAACAGCUGCAGGGAAUUUGUUUGAAUACGGAUCUGCUAUUGAAAAUGUGAAAGAAACCUUAACACCCAUAUCCCACUAUGGGUGCAACAACAUAUGGUUGACAGACAUUAUUCCUUGAAUUCAAAACCAUGGUCAGCUCGAACACUAUAUGUUUAUGCAUAUGCAGAUUGAGCAUAAAAAUACUCCGUUGGUCUGCAGAAAAUGUUUGUCUCCAGGUUGUGCUCCCACGAAGAUAAUAGUUUACCCCUGCUCUGCCUCGCUCACGGCUUGGUCCUUAUACAAACAAAAAAAAGAACUCGACUGACAUCUUCCUGUCAGGACCUCUUGCUCAGUCAAUAACAUAUAUUUACUGUGACUAAUAUUCUCUCCAUCUAGAGCCUUGGUAGAUAUUCCUCAUCAGAGAUAUGUUUUAGAGAAGCUUUAGAAAUACAACCAAAUUUCAACACUGCAAAACACAGAUUACAUGCUGUAUUGUGUGAACGAAAAUUACAGAAGGCUUUGGAACAACAACAUGAGUGA